AUAUAUAUAUAUUAAGUAUUUUGUAUACAUCAUACAUGCUUCCAAGUAAACGUGAACUCAACCUACAAAUUUAUUGUUUCCUUAUUGCAGUGUUGAUUUUAUUAAUUACAAUUGUAAAAUUAUAUUGAGAAACAAAUGCUGAUAUAUAAAACAACAAUUUAACAAUGAAUGUUCUAUCAGACAACAAUGAACCAGUUACAAAAAGGGCAAAAUCUUCUGAUGACAUAGAUAAAGUUUCAUGUAAUGUGACAGACAUUUUAGAAGAAAAUAAUAUAGAUAAGAGUUCUGGAUGUCAAGAAAAUGCAAAUUUAACAGACAAUGAGGAUGAAGGAACAGCAUUAUUAGAUAAUGAUGAGGAUGAUAGUCUAUUCCCAUUUCCUCCAGAUGAUGAUAUUACAGACAUGUUACAAGGAGUAAAAUAUGAUGGAUCUUUUCCUACAAUUACAGAUAGAUAUUUUACUCCCUACUAUAAAUUAAAUGUACAAUGUCUUGGAGAUGAUAUUUGUAUUUUAAUGCAUAGUAAUCGUAUUUGUAUGCUUACUCUGGCUCCAAGUCAUGUAGUUUUUAGAAGUGACACACAAAUAACAAAAAUAGACUUUAAAGUUAGUGAUAAACUAGAUAGAGUUUUAAAUAAAGUGUCAGGUAAAAGUAAGCAUGGUGCACAACCUCUGCAAACUAAUUCCAACAUUUGUAUAAUUACUUGUUCAAAUGGACAAACAUAUAAAAUAAAAUGUUGUAUAAUUGGAAAAUUGGUGGAAGUAAAUGAAGCAUUAUUAAACAAUCCAAAACUUUUAUUGGAACCUCCACACAAAGGAGGAUACUUAGCUAUAGUGCUUCCAAAUAUAAAACUUUUGGAUAAAAUGAAGGAAUCCUUAUUAACUCAAGAACAAUAUAACUUGAAAAUGUUAGAGUGUCAAAAUGCUGCUAACCAUUUGGAAAUGUCUAAAAUAUGUACAAAUAGUUUGUUAAACAGUGAAUCAGAGAUAAUAAAUAAUGAUAGUCCAAUGAGGUGUAGUGAAAAUCUUGAUACAGUACAAAAAUGUUAAUCAUUUGCUAUGUAUUUUUCAUAUAAUUUUUAAUAAAUGUUUGUUUAUUUCAAAAUCAGAACAAACAUUGAAAUAA